UUUGUUAGUUAGAUCUAUUUUCAAAAAUGAUCUUGACCGUUCAUGUUAGAGGUGAUUGAUCAGAUGGUUAGAAAUCAUCAGAUUGGUUGCAUAUUUGCAUGGUAGCCCAUGAACUAUGUGUCGUCAACUCUACCGGACUGUGUCACUGUGGUGUUGGACUCUGGUUCUCUCUCUCUCUCUCUCUCUCUCUCUCUUCCAAUCUCCUUAUCUCUUCCAAAAGCCUUUCUGAGACCCACAAAACAGAAAAACCAAAAGAAAAGCUAAAAACUCCAACACCCCAAUUAUUCAAAAACCAUUCUCCACAAUCUUCCCCAAACAUACAUCACCUCCUCUUUCAGCCAUGGACUUUCCUUUACUCUCCCAAACCAACAACACCAUCCACACCAAACAAGCACAGGAAGAAGAACAAAACCAAGGCCCACCACCAUCAGUCCAUCAAAAUCCUACCAGUAACAGCUCCCUCCCACCUUCAUCUUCCUCCUCUCCUUCCCACGAAUUCUCCUUCACAAUCUCUCUCCACCCCACAAGCCAAACCACCCCUCCAACUCCAUCUUCACAAACCAAGUCCAACGACAAAGCCCAUCCACCGUCCAUCGCCAUCGACCUCUCCCCGGCUGAUGACAUCUUCUUCCAUGGCCACCUCCUCCCUCUCCACCUCCUCGCCCACCCCUCCAUCUCCCCCAGGAACUCCACUUCCUUGGAGAACCUCAACCUUCCGAUCCGGGACCUCAUCGACGACAUCCACAAAAGGCCCACCAGCACCAACGGCCACAAUUCUACCGCAUCAGCUCAUGAAAGCGGCCGCGAUAAUCAUAAUGCUAAUGCUGCAAAUCCAAGAAGCAAGAACACCAAAUCCUUCUCCUUGUUCAGUCUAGCAAAGUGGCGGAAAGCGUCUGAAAUCAGCGAUAGGAGUGAUGAGAAGAAGAAGGCGAGGUUUGACAUGGGCCGGGCUUUGAGGAGAUAUGUGAGGGCGAUGAGGCCCAUGUUGUAUUUUAGAGGGGGAGAGAAGGAGAAGCAAGAGAUGAGGCGGCAACCAUAUUCGUUCUCGGGGAAUUUGAAUUCGAGGUGGAAGGAGUGGGGAGGGAGGAGAGGGGGAGAGUUCUCGGCGCCUGCAUCGAUGCGGACGUCGCCGACGAAUAGCGGAUUGCUUCUGGCAACGGCAGCGAUUGCUUCUUCGAAUGAUAGUACGAUGGAAGAGCUGCAGAGUGCUAUACAGGCUGCGAUUGCGCAUUGUAAGAAUUCCAUUGCUGUGAAGGAGGAGAAGUGCAAAUGCUAAGAGGAAGGAAAUGGAAGAGUUUUUUUUUUUUUUUUUGUUUUUUUUGAGUGGGUGGAUUUGGAUGUUUAUUGUGUGUAUAGUAUAUGAAAUUGGAAAGGGUUAUGUGAUGUUAUUAUA